AUGAAUAGCUUUGGUGUGACUAAAGCCGAGGGCAGACAUCUAUUUGAUAAGUUUGCGGCCGACUAUCCGGUGGGACGGGUGGGAGAAGGAGUGGAUGUGGCCAAUGCCGUUGCUUAUCUGGCCAGUAAUGAGGGUAGUUUUAUUACAGGUACCAAUUUAGUAAUUGAUGGUGGACAUAUUGCCGCCAUUAUUGGCCUCAACGGUUUUUAA